CAAAGGUCCGCUUUCUCGUACAUGCAUUUAUACUAAUGAAUUGAUGUCGCUGUAACCAAGUCUACAUAUUCAUCAGGUGUUGCAUGUGAAUUAGGCGGUUCCGAAUACAUAAUAGCCCGUCAUGGCCUUCCGCGACGACGAAGAAGCGCUACCUCUGACCAGGCACGAUGCCAACCAGACAGACGACAGUGACCAACCUAGACCGUCGGCUUCUUCCAUAUCCACCACUUCACUCGUACUCGAGCACUUGUCAGGCCAUCCAAACUCGUUCGAGGCCAAAGAAGCGCUAUAUUCGCAACCACAAUCCGAACAGUUCGACUUCGAUGACAGAGCAGCAUGGCAACACAAGACCCACGGCAUCGACACCAAGGCUCGUCGCAUAUUGUACAUCAUUGCUUCGAUAGCCGCUGUAGGAUGGCUUGCUGCCCUUGCCCUCUUCCUCAGCUCCGGCUCGUACAAAUCGUCUGCCAGUCACCCUCACGAUCCUCACGCUACAAAGACGGCUCGCCAUGGUCAGAAAAUCUCACUGGAACAAGUCAUGACGGGUCAGUUCUACCCCAAGAACCACGGCAUCUCGUGGAUUGAAGGUGCUCAGGGAGAAGAUGGUCUGUUGUUGCAGUGGGGAGGAGAAGGAGGUAGAGAUUAUCUCGUUGUCGAAGAAGUCAGAUACAUGCAAAAUGCCGAAGCUUCAAAGCAACACAGCAAGACGCUUAUGAAGAAUGGAGCCAUCUACUACAAGGAUGAGUUCAUCACUCCGAGCAACGUCUGGCCCAGCGCAGAUCACAAGCACGUCCUUGUUCAAUCACACAUUCAGAAGAACUGGAGACACUCGAACACCGGCAGGUACUGGAUUUUCGAUGUCGAAAGUCAGUCUGCCGAACCUCUCGAUCCUGCUGAGCCCAACAAGAGAAUACAAUACGCCUCAUGGUCUCCCAACAGCGAUGCCGUUGUCUUCACAAGAGAUAACAACAUGUACAUCCGCAACCUCUCUGACAAGAAAGUAAAAUCCAUCACGACGGAUGGCGGUGCUCAACUAUUCUAUGGUGUUCCUGACUGGGUCUAUGAAGAGGAGGUUUUCGCGAGUAACCAGGCUACAUGGUGGUCCGGCGAUGGCAAGUACCUCGCCUUCCUCCGCACCGAUGAGGCCGCCGUUCCCGAAUAUCCCGUUCAAUACUUCUUCUCGAGACCGAGCGGUAAACAGCCCAAAGAGGGAGAGGAAAACUAUCCGGAAGUCCGCAAGAUCAAGUACCCCAAGGCCGGUGCACCCAUGUCCGUCGUUACCCUGCAGCUAUACGAUGUCGCCGAAGGCCAAGUUUUCACUGUCCCUAUCCAAGGCGACUUCAAGGAUAAGGACCGCUUGAUUACCGAAGUCACAUGGGCUGGACGUAGUGGCAAGGUCAUCAUUCGUGAGACAAACCGUGAGAGUGAUGUUCUGAAGGUUGUUCUGAUCGACGCCGAGCGAAGAGAAGGCAAGACCAUCAGAGAAGUCGAUGUGAACGCUCUUGAUGGUGGCUGGUUCGAAGUCUCGCAAACCACAACAUACAUCCCCUCCGAUCCCGCCAACGGAAGAGAGCACGAGGGCUAUAUUGACACUGUCAUCCACGAUGGCUUCGAUCACCUUGCUUACUUUACACCCCUGGACAAUCCAGAGCCGAUCAUGCUUACUAAAGGUAAGUGGGAAGUGGUUGAGGCUCCAUCAGCACUGGAUCUCAAGAACAAUUUGGUGUACUUUGUAGCCACCAAAAAAUCAUCUAUCGAGCGUCAUAUCUACAGCGUCAAGCUUGAUGCGUCAGAUCUCAAGGCUGUGACGGACGAUAGCGAAGUUGGAUACUACUCUGGCUCUUUUUCCAAGGGAGGUGGCUACCUGUUGUUGACCAACAAAGGUCCAGGCAUUCCAUGGCAGAAAGUCAUCAAUACUCCAAGCAACAGCGACAAGCUGGAGAUGAGUAUCGAAGACAACAAGGCCCUGAGGGAGCUUGUCACUAAGACUGAACUCCCCAUCGAGAUCUACCAAACCAUCAAUGUCGACGGCUUCGACCUGAACCUCGUCGAGCGCCGUCCUCCCCACUUCGACGAGAAGAAAAAGUACCCCGUCCUGUUCUAUCUCUACAAUGGCCCCGGUUCUCAACAAGUCGACCGCACCUUCCAACUCAACUUCCAAUCCUACAUCGCCUCCUCCCUCGGCUAUAUUGUCGUUACCCUCGACGGUCGCGGCACCGGCCACCUCGGUCGCGCUGCCCGCUGCAUUGUCCGCGGCAAUCUUGGUCACUACGAAGCCCACGACCAAAUCGCCGCCGCCAAAAUGUGGGCGGCCAAAAAAUACGUCGACGCCGAACGCAUCGCCAUCUGGGGCUGGAGCUACGGCGGCUUCAUGACACUAAAAACCCUCGAGCAAGAUGCCGGUCAAACGUUCAAAUACGGCAUGGCCGUCGCCCCAGUCACGGAUUGGAGAUACUAUGAUAGCAUUUAUACUGAGCGCUACAUGCACACCCCUCAGCACAAUCCUACAGGUUACGACAACUCCACCAUCAGCGAUGUUAAUGCUUUGUCCAAGAAUGUCAGGUUCUUGGUCAUGCAUGGUGUUGCAGACGAUAAUGUGCAUUUCCAAAACACAUUGAGUUUGCUGGAUAAAUUGGAUCUGGCCAACGUGCAGAAUUACGACGUGCACUUUUUCCCGGACUCGGAUCAUAGUAUCUAUUUCCACAAUGCUAACAGGGUGGUUUACGAGAAGCUCAGCAAUUGGCUUAUCAAUGCUUUCAAUGGCGAGUGGUUGAGGACGCCUAAUCCCACGCCACUGGCGCAGAUUGAGAAGUAGUUUACAUAGAGUGCAUCAUCUCAUUCAGCAUAGGUAGUGGCGUUAUCUCAAAUUCAUCUUUCUUAUCCUC